AAAUUCUUAGACUCUCUAGUCAAUUCUCCUCCAAAAAGCCACUCCAUUACUUCCACCUUUUUCUCUCUCCUAUUUCUAAUCACUCAUAAUCAUGCUCGUGACUUUUCCUUCCUCCACUCACCCAAACUACUCUCUUCACCUCCACCUCCUCUCCCUCCUCCUAAAAUGCGCACAACUCAUCUCCGCCGGAAACCUCACCGACGCCGGCGAUCUUUUACCGGAAAUCUUCGAACUCUCCUCCCCAUUCAACUCUCCGGCAUCCCGUGUCGCCGCCUACUUCGCCACCUCUCUUCAAUCUCACCUCCUCCUCAAUUUUCUCUCUCCUCCACUUCACCACCAACUUCCAUCAUCACUAACUCUUAUCUCCUCUCAACUCAACAACUUCCACUCAUCACUACAAUCCUACAAUUCUCUCACCCCUUUUGUUAAAUUCUCUCACUUCACAGCUAAUCAAGCCAUCUUCGACGCCCUCAACGGCUAUGAUCGUGUCCACGUCAUCGAUUUGGAUAUCAUGCAGGGACUUCAAUGGCCUGGAUUCUUCCACAUCUUAGCUUCUCGUACACGUAAGCUAACCUCGGUUAAACUCACUGGGUUCGGUCCUUCGUCCGAGUCACUCGCUCGAACCGGUGCUCGACUCGCUGAGUUUGCUGACUCGGUCGGGGUUCCUUUCCGGUUCAACCCGGUUCAGGGUCAAAUCGGGAAUUUAUCCGCGUCGGACUUGAGUCGACUCAGUGUAGAGCCGAGUGAUGAAGAGGUUACGGUCGUGCAUUGCGUGCAUCAUGGGUUGUACGACAUAAGUGGGUCCCAUCUUGGUACGAUGAAGGUGUUGAAUAGGAUAAGGCCUAGGUUAGUUACUAUGGUCGAGCAAGAUAUUCACGUGUGUCAAUGUCAUAGUAGUAACAAUAAUAAUAAUAAUAAUAACGAUAAUAUUAAUACGACGUCGUUUUUCGAGAGGUUUGUGGGUGCAUUGCGGUAUUAUUCUGCUUUGUUUGAUGCGGUAGGAGAAGGAUUAGAUGAGGAUAGUGUGGAGAGGCAUCACGUGGAACAUUAUCUUUUCGGGAGCGAAAUUCGGAACAUUUUAGCAGGUGGUGGUGGUGGUGGUGGUGGUGGUGGUGAUCACGGAGUGAGGAGGUGGGGCGAGGAGCUUAUUCGGGCCGGGUUCGAACCGUUGUCGUUGGCGGGUAGCCCAGCGGCACAAGCUAGUUUAUUGCUAGGGAUGUUCCCAUGGAAAGGGUACACUUUGAUGGAAGAAAAUGGGUGUUUAAGGUUAGGAUGGAAGGAUUUGCCUUUGAUCACUGCCUCAGCUUGGCAACUUACUGAUUUUAGUAUUACUAAUAAUGGUAUUACUAAGAAUAGUAAUGUCUUGAGGAGUUAGGGUAAUUAUUUUAGUAAAUAAUGAAAAUUGAUUGGAAGUUCAUUAUUGGUUUUUUUUUUAACAAUUAAGGUAUCCACCGCCGAUAGCUAAUUCUUUCGUUGCGGGUGCUUUACUUAAGGGUAAAAGACUGGUUAAGAAUCUCUUUUCAUUCCCAAAAAUUGAGGAUCGGAACCCCCAAUCAAUUAAUUAAGAGAUAGAGUGAACAAUCACUAUGUCAAGGUCACUUGAUGAAAGGGAGAAUUGCAUGGGUUUGGGAUGAAUAAUAUUGGUGAUGAGAUUGAGAAGUACAUAUAUGAUUGUAAAGUUGGGUCAAUGUUUUUUGAGAUAAUUAAGGGGAAAGUAAAAGAAAGAAAAAGGUACAUUGAUCAAACUUUUUGAGAAUUUGGAUUCCUUUUUUGUACUCGUCAAAAGUUGGGUUCAAAAGGUGGAAGACUUUUCACGUGUAAUUAUUAUUUUUAUAUAUAUUCAAUCAUAUUUUUGGUGA